AUGCUAUAUAAGAUGAUCGCCGACACCAGCUGACUCAGUCAUUCUCUUGCAACAACGACGCACAUCUGAAUUUAUUCCUUUCGUGAUAUUUUUUUUUCGCGCGUUUAGUGGUAAUAUCAACGUAUAAAUACGACGAAGGGUAAUAAGGCGGAACGCACCCUAUCUCGACGAUCUAUACGCGCGAUGGAUAUCAGGAUCUACGCUCUACUGCUUCUUUUUGCAUUCGUUGGAUCCAACGCCGAAUUCCGUUCCUCUGCUCGACAUCGUAGAGAUGUCGAAAGGAAGGCUGGUGAAUACUAUAAUUUAGCCAAGAUAAUAAAACGUGCAGCUGAUUCAACUACCACGACUACUACAAAGAGCAGCGAGGAGGACACUAGUUCUAGCAAUAAGAAUCCUGGCACUACGAGUCCGAACACUGCAAGUCCUGGCACCGCGAGUCCUAGCACUACAAAUCCUACCACUACAAAAGCUACCCCAUCGUCACCUAAGCCAACUAAACCGACAAGUGGCACUACCAAAGCCACGACCACUAAAUCAGAACCUACGUCAACAGAGACAACUACUAAACCUACUACCGAAGCAACAAGCAAACCACAAUUGGGUUCAAGAUCGGCCUUCGAAGACAAAGAUGAUUCUCCAUCGAAGCCUUCUAACUCCGAUGAAAAAUCUGAGAAAAAACCAUCGGCUGUGUCACCUCGUAUAAAACCAGAUACACCUGAUAACAAAGACAAGAGUCCAUCUUCACCACCGAUAUUAAAUCCAUCAGCUGGUAGUAGCUAUCCAUUCCCUGGAUUUAACUCUAUACCACCUUACGGUCCUAACUAUGCAUUUACCAGUACCAAUCAUAGUCCCGGAGGAUCAGCAAGUGCAUCGGCUAGCAGUUUCGCCAGUGCCGGUGCAUCAUCGGGUAACCCAGGAUAUCCAGCGUUCGAUUCACGCGGUGGAUUCUAUCCUAAUACUCCCUUCUAUAAUCCUGGAUACAUACCCAAUAAUAUGUGGCCGAUCAAUGACGUUUCUCAAAAUAAUCCUACAAAACCUAUCACGAAUUCGCGUUCUUCUUUCGACACGGAAAACAAGCCUACAUCUUCGAAUAAUUCGCCAACUGGUAACGAUGCACAUCCAGUUAAUAAUCCUAAUUCUAUACCAUCAACUGGUCCACAAAAUUUCCCAACUCGUUCUUUCGGAGGUCCCUACACUCCCAAUUUCGAUUAUCCCCCCGUGAAUUCGGUUCAGGGACCUAAUUAUGCUUGGACUAAUUCCGGGCCUGGUUACGCUGGAGCAUCUGCUGGUGCUUCCACUGGUUCUGGACCGACGUUUGGUAGUCGUGGUGCAUUCCCUGACAAUAAUGCUGGAGUGGGAUAUAUGGAUAAUUCAGCAUAUUCUCCUGGUAUCAUAGAUCCUGGUUUUGCAUUUCCUCAAUCUGGAUUUGGCCCAGAUUUUAGCAACGAUUUCGCAGUUCACCAACGCAUGAUGGAAGAUCAUUUCAAGGCUAUUCAAGCCCAGAUCGAAGCUCAACAACGAGCAAUAUUCGAAGCGAGCAAUGGAUUAGGUUCCGGUCCAGGUUCUUCUGACCCAGGAUUACAAUCUGCUAUUUCAAGCAUUAGUGUUGGUCCUAGAGGUGGAUUCCAGGCUGGUCAGAUAAAUCCUGCCGCUCCAGGAAUAGAGUCUCGAUUUGCUAAUGAGUUACCACCACCAUCAGGAGGACAAUAUGGUGUCUUUGCUAGCUCCCAUUCUUCCAGUGCAACAGAUGGCAGUGGAAGAACUAUUGCUCACAAAUCAGCGACCACUGGAGUAAAUGAUAAUGGAAAGAUUACCUUCCGUACUGUUCAAGAUAAAUAAUCUUACAUAUUGUAUUAAUAUAUAUAUAUUUGUGUGUGUGUGUGUGCGUGUCUAUAUACCUAUAUACCUACAUGUAUAUGCAAAUGUGCACAUUCAAUUAAACUAAAUCUUCGCAUCGAG